GGGAGACAGACAAGAACAAUGGCAAUCCACCCCGGUUACUUCGGGAAAGUUGGCAUGAGACAUUUCCACCUGAAGAACCAGAGCUACUGUCCCACGGUCAACCUCGGUAAGCUGUGGACCCUGGUGAGCGAGCAGACGAGGGUCAGCGCCGCCAAGAAGAAGCCGGGCGUCGCCCCCAUCAUCGACGUCGUGCGCUCCGGUUAUUACAAGGUCCUAAUAACCUUGUUAUUUACCCAAGAAAUGGGUAAAGGAAAGUUGCCCAAGCAGCCUGUCAUCGUGAAAGCAAAAUUCUUCAGCAGGAGAGCGGAGGAGAAGAUCAAAGGUGUCGGAGGAGCCUGUGUCCUGGUGGCCUAG